AAACCCCCCCCCACACACACAAACACACACCCAACCCCACAAACCCCCCCCACACACACACACACACACGCCCCCACACACAAAACUUCAAAGCUAUAAAACUAAAACUUCUAAGCUACAGUACAUGUAAACUUUUUCUUUUCACACCUUUGAAAUGCCUUUCAAAACAAAAACAGCUUAUAAAGACUGAGCUUUUGCAGCCUUUUACCCAUUUUAGUCUGAGAUGCAGACGGGGGAAGCACAAUGAAGAGACGCUAUAAUUUGACAGAGGCUCUUGAAUUACUUUGGAACCCUGAUGAGGAGUUGAGAGACCAGGAGGAAUCUGAAGAAGAAGAAGAAGAAGAGGAUGUAUCAGAGGAAGAGGACAAUUGUGAAGAAAAUGAGAAUAAUGCUUCAACAGAUGAGGAAGAAUCAAGUGAUGAGGAAGAGGAACCUCAGAUGGAAGAGUGUUUCCAGUCAAAAGAUGGAAGUUUGCUGUGGUCUUCCAUCCCUCCUAGUGACAGACGUCGCAUGUUGGUAGCAGAGAGAGAGAGGAGCCCCAGGGGUCCAACAAGGUACGCAGUGGCUCGCGUUGAUAGUAUAACGUCUGCUUUUCAACUGUUUCUGCCAGACCAAGUUGAAAAAAUUGUGCUGAACAUGACCAACAAGGAGGGGCGUCGUGUUUAUGGCAAUAAGUGGAGAGAGAUGGAUGGGAUAGCUCUCCAGGCAUACUUAGGUCUGUUGAUUCUCGCUGGAGUAUAUCGAUCCAAUAAAGAAUCCACGGCCAGUUUGUGGCAUGCCCAGUCUGGUCGAGCAAUUUUUGGGGCCACAAUGCCCCUCAAAAUGUUCCACAUUAUCUCAAGGGUCAUUCGGUUCGACGAUCGAGAUACAAGAACAGCACGCCGUGCACGUGACAAACUCGCUGCCAUUCGUGAUGUAUGGGACAAGUGGGUGUGUCUCCUGCAGCAGAUGUACAACCCGGGAGCUGAUGUGACUGUGGAUGAGCGCCUGGUCCCCUUCAGAGGUCGCUGUGCCUUCAAGCAAUACAUGCCUAAUAAACCUGGGAAAUAUGGCAUAAAGAUCUGGACAGCGUGCGAUGCCAGGACCAGCUAUGCAUUCAACAUGCAAGUGUACACUGGCAAACCUGCUGAUGGACAGCCAGAAAAAAACCAGGGCAAGCGUGUGGUUCUUGAGAUGGCAGAAGGUCUCCGUGGACAAACAAUCACUUGUGAUAAUUUUUUUACAUCACAUGCCCUUGGCCAGGAGCUGCUCAAGAGAAAGCUGUCCAUGGUGGGAACAGUAAGGAAGAAUAAACCUGAGCUUCCACCAGCACUGCUUGCCACAAAAGACAGGGCUCGAUAUUCUUCCAAGUUUGCGUUCUCUGAGACACAUACUAUUGUGUCCUAUUGUCCCAAAAAAGGAAGAAAUGUGCUUCUGAUGAGCACUCUUCAUCGGGAUACUGCUGUCAGCGCCAGGGAAGACAAAAAGCCCCAAGUCAUCCUUGACUACAACCACAACAAAGGGGGAGUGGACAACCUUGACAAGGUUACAAGUGUGUACACAUGUAAGAGGAAGACAGCCCGUUGGCCCCUGGUGGUCUUUUAUAACAUACUAGACGUGUCUGCCUACAAUUCAUUUGUACUGUGGACUGAGAUCAACCCAACAUACAAUCAGGGGAAGUGCCACAGGAGGAGGCUGUUCCUUGAGGAGCUUGGGAGAGAACUGGUGAUGCCUCUAAUCAAAAGACGCCAGGUUCUUCCCCGCGCGCCAGCAUCUGCAAGCUUGGUUGUGGAAAUCCAGACGGAUGGACCCUCUACCUCCGCAGCAGCUCCUACUAACCCAGCUGCAGCCACAAGGAAGAGGUGCCGAUUCUGCCCUGGCAAGAGUGAUCUCAAAACCAGCAUCAGGUGCCAAAAUUGCAUGGCAAACAUUUGCAAAAAACAUGCCAUUACCACCACACACUGCCCAUCAUGCAAAUGAUAGCACAUUCACACAGAGACACACAACUGCACUUACACAUGUAAGUAAUAAACAUGUAUAUUAUACAAGUUUUCAAAUGUUGAAACUAAAGUUUUAAGUUUUAGAAAUAAAUGUUGACUGUUCUAUGUAAAUGAAUUUAUCUAGCUCUUUGUUUACUCUGUUAUUUGUGAAUAAAAUUCCAUCAAAUGUUGACCUAGGAAUAUAUAUCGGUCUGUGAUUAUCCAAAAUAAAUAAUAAUUUUUGCUGGUUUCCUAAAAAAUUUUAAAAUUUAAUGUAAAUGAGGUUUAUUGAAGUGUAAAAUGAAUUGGUGAUGAGCUGAAAUAAAGUUUGCUGACAUUGUGUAACACAGAACUGGGAGAUCAUUUUUUACAUUAUGCUUUAGAAACAGGCAAACCAGACCGGGUCAGUUUUGACCCAUAAGGACAACAGGUGUGUAUAUGUGCUGCCAUUAAAAAUAAUGCAAUGCUUCUAAAACAGUAUCCUGACUCAACUUUGACAUAUACCAGUCUGUGAUAGUCCAUCAACAUAUAGUCCUCUGAUUUAUACUAUUAGUCAAGAUAACUUAGAGUUUCUGCAUUUUUUAACUAAAAAAUAAGAUAAAUGAGAUUGAUUGACCAUGAAUUCCAAGAAGAAGUGUAAAACUAGUGGUAAUGAGUUGGAAUGAAGCUGGUAAAGAAGGUGUAACAGAGAAAUGGGUGAUAAUUUUUACAUUAUGCUUUAUAAACAGACAAACCAGACCGGGUCAAUUUUGACCCAUAAGGACAACAAGUGGGAUUAUUUGCCGCCAUUAAAAGUAAUGAAAUGGUUUCAAAACACUAUCCAGACCAAACUUUGACAUAUACUAGUCUGUGAUAAUCCAUCAACAUAUAGUCCUCUGAUCUUAACUAUUAGUCAAAAGAAUUCAUAAUUUCUGCUUUUUUUAGCUUAUAAAUUUGGUAUAGUUUCAUAAAAAUGAGACAUAUUGACCAGAAAUUCCAUCAAGAAGUGUAAAAAUAGUGGUAAUGAGUUAGAAUGGAGUUGGCUAAGAAGGUGUAACACAGAAUUGGGUGAUAAGUUAAACUGGUUGCUUUAAAACCAGGCAAACCAGACCGGGUCAAUUUUGACCUGGGAGGACAAAAAGUGCAUGGUUGACGGGAAGAAAACACAAGGGUUAAGUGGAGUCUGUGCUGUUGUGGGAGCGCCACAUCAAUAUAAGCAUUGGUGGUUCAGUGGUAGAAUUCUCGCCUGCCACGCGGGAGGCCCGGGUUCGAUUCCCGGCCAAUGCAACAUGCUUUUUGGGGAGCAGGGGGUUAGCCAUAGGAAGCUGAUUGUUUUUCACAUAUUAUCAGUACUCUCAGGAAAUACUGAGUGUGUUUACAGUGAACAAAAAGAACACAAAGAAGAAAGUGUCUAAAGUAUGUUAUUAUUUCAUGCUAAAGAAAACAACAGCUCUGUCUGUGU